AUGUUUGGAUACCCAAUAUUCCCACACUCCUCCUCCGAGUUUCUCAGCGACUCCUUGACGUCGAGAAACUUCCCGUUCUUUCAGCUCACCGUGGACGAGUCCUAUGACUUGGUGAGCAGCAGCAGCAGCGACAGUUACAACUCGCCUAGUUCGCUACUGAGUUACUGCACUCAAAAACAGAGUUUCACGCAAAGGAGCAACAGCAGCCAUUCCCUUCAAAACAAUUGGCUUCAUUCUCACUUUGACUCAAGACUUAACGAGUUUAUUGACUCCGAUUCCGGUCGGGUGAGGAGAGCUUUCAGCAACGGUGAUUCAGAGCAGGGGCGGAAGAGCGGUGGUCGUCGAUCGGAGAGUCCAUUGUGGAACGAGAGUAAUGCGAGUGCCAUAAUUGAAGGAAUGAGCAGAACUCACCGCUACAAUCCUGAGGAAAAGAAACAACGGAUUGAAAGAUACCGAUCUAAAAGAAACCUCAGGAACUUCAACAAGAAGAUCAAGAGUGAUUUGGGAACUCCAUUAAUUUCUAUCAACCCAUUUGGUGAUGAAUAUCCAUACUUUUAUCAGUAUACAUGUAGAAAAACAUUGGCAGAUAGCAGGCCACGAAUCCGAGGACGGUUUGCAAGAAAUGAAGAAAUUGGAAAAACUGUUCCUCGAGUUGAAUGGAGGCAACACGUUGGUGGGGAUGAAGAAGAUGAGAACUGGAUCGAUUUUCUUGAUUCACUCUCUGCAAAUCUGAAUAUUCCGUAG